AAAAUAAUUAAAGAUUUUUAACAACAAAUGGGUGGAGCAUCAAGCAUCGAUUAUCAUGAAGCAGGCAAAAAGCAUCCUGACACAGUUGCUUAUAAGGACGAGGACGUCUUGGCUUCCAGUGGCAUCAUGCCUAAGAAGAUUACAGCAGUCAGAGUCUACUGGAGCGAGUUUUGUGUUGGAUUUGAAUGUUUUUAUGACGGCGUCUCUGCAGGAGCAAGACUUGGAACUGAGUACGCUCAUGGAACAGUCUACAGCGAUUUCAUACUUGCAGAUGAUGAACACAUCACUAAGGUAACAGGAAGAAACGGUGAUCUGAUUGAUCAGGUCACUCUUCAUACAAGUAAGGGAAGAAGCCAACAAUUCGGAACUUCGACAGGAGGUCAUCCAUUUACACUUUCUCAACCAGGAAAAGUAGUGAAAGGAUUUACAGUUGGAUUCGGAGGACAUUUGCACUCCAUCGGAGCUCACUUUGGAAAACUCGAGUCUCCAGUCACCAAAUCUCAUAAAGCAGGAAAGACUCACCCAGAUACUAGCAAAUUUGAUGAUUACGAAUCUCACCUAAAAGGAAAGAGCAAUCUUGAGAUGACUAACAUCAAUGUUCUCCAUGAUGGAAACCUUGUAUUUGGAAUUGAAGCCACUUACAAGGCUGAUGGUGUAGAGGUCAAGCCAGGCACCCAUGUUGGAAAAGAAAUGACUCCAACUACAGUUAAUCAAACAAUCGCUUUAGGCGGGUAUCACGUGACAGGCAUUAGUGGAAGACAUGGAGACGUCAUGGAUAAUCUUACUAUCACUCUCUCCAACGGAAUGUCUUAUAACUUUGGAGGAACUGGAGGAGAUCCCUUCGAGAACAUCGUCCCAGCAGGAAAGAAGGUAGUCGCUCUCGGAGGUGGACUUGGAGGUCACAUGCACAACAUUUUCUGUUACUAUGAAAAUGCAUAA